CCGGGAGGAUCAAAAGUUGAAAGGUACUUUUCUGCCUGAGGCUGUCAGGCUUGAACUACCCGAUCAGGUAUAGCGUGUGUUGUUGCUCCGACAACACGGCCGUUUGGCGUUCCCACGGAGGUCUAGCCGGUGAUAUCAGCAAAGCUCCAAUUUGAGAGUCCGAUUUCACAUUCGCAGUCCGACUGUGAUCGCCAACCCCCUCUCUGCGCGCCAUGGCGGUUGCCGUCUUACCACCCAGCUCGAUGUCCGAGUCCGUUAAACAAGCCUUACGAUCAACGUCCACGUGCUCCGACGCAACCGUGUUGUCCCUCCAAACAUUGCUCCGCGGAUCGUGCAAGGCGCCCGCGAAGCCCGUACGACGGAAUACAAAGACUACCAAAGAUAUCACCACAACGGCGAGUCGCGCGAAGACUUCUAGGACGGUGAAAACGCGAAACACGGGUGAGACGGGGCUGCAGAUUGUUGACCAGGAUGGGCCCGCGCUGUCGCCUCAGGAGAAGCUCGUGCUUGCUACGGAGGUGUUUAAUGGGACGCUGAAGACAUUGACGGACGCGUCGAAAGGAUCAACCAUCAAGCGUCAGACUGCUAUCGCAGACAAUGUCUCGAUAAAGUCGAGUAGGACGCAUGGAGUGGCCGCGGACAAGGGUGUCGUUUCGGCCGCUGAAUGCGCCAGACUAGCCCUGGCCACGUUACGAGCUUUGAAGAACGAACAGAAAUCAUCGACUGAAUUACCGAAUAUGCAGCUCGAGCAGGGCGCGUGCGUUUUAGCGGGGAAAUUGAUCUCGCUGGGCUUAAACGAGAUGGCGUGCAAGGAACUUCGAUCGUUGAAGAGGAGGAUACAACAACAUCUGGAUGCGACACAGGCUGGAAAGGACAUGGUACCCGCAAAGGGCGGUGCGGAUGAAGAUUCUGGCAAGGAACGAAUGUCCGAUCUUCUUACGUUUUCGAAUAUCGCCAAUGCGGAGACGUUGUAUGGAUUGUUGAUUUCGUACCAUGCGAAUGCGAUGCGGCUUCUGGUUGCGGAGAAGAAAUCCUCGACUACCGAACGGCUCGUUCCUUUUCUGCGGCUCUCUGAUCAUAGUAGUCCGGCAUACGUCAUUCUUGCGGCUAUGGAAUCGGGGAAUUUGAGCAGCGACAAGGCUGCUCUCCAACUACAGCUCCUCUCAAACACGGUGUUGUCUCUAUGCGCCAGCAAAUCUUCCUCUACCGACGAAUCAACAACCAAAGACACAUUGAAACCAAUCACAACCCUGAAUUUACAACUGCUAUCUCUCGAAAUUCGCUGCUUGGGCUGGAAAACAUCUGGACAUGUCUGCGAUGAAAGCAAGGAAAUGAUUGACCCGCUGCUGCGCUAUCUCGGCGGUUUCUCCAAUCGCAGUAAGGAGAUUGCUAAGGCUGAAUUUGUGGCAAUCUACAAGUCGAUCACACGGAUUCAAGCUUCAAUGCUGGAAGUCAAGAAACAGCGCCAAGAAUCCAAAGAUAUGAACUUGGCUGCCAAGAUCAUGACCAUUCUUGGGCAGCUCGCUUUGGAUGCUGGGUGUCUUGAUGAGUCGUUGAAGAUUUUUAAUCAAGCAAUCAUACCACUUUUCAACUCUCAAAGCCUUGCGCUAGCUACCGUUCGGUGCAAGAUUGCUUCCGUCCACUUCCAGGGCCUGAAGGGCUCGCAGAAGUUUCUCGAUGGAGCUCUCAAGGCUACUGCAGACGCCAGUGUUGCGUUGGGAUUGCAGUUACGAGGGAGUGUCAAUGACUUGGACGAAUUGUUGGUUGAAUCGGCGAGACUGAAGAAGCUUGCUCUGGCUUGGUUUGGUGAGACGAUUACCAAAUCCGCCGACAGUGAUAGCGCGAAGAACGAGAUUGCUUCUCAGAUUCGGGAAUAUCUGCAAGCUUUCUUGAGGUUGCUUCGACGCUAUGUUGGGCGGACACCGGGAGAAGAUUGUGACGAGAAGGAAACCGAGAUGUUCAAGGCUCGCAUUGCCAUGUCCAAGAGCAUUAUUCUCGCCGGUGUAGACUCGGCUAUUGCUAUUGGACGAUUGUCGAUCAUGUCGCAGAGACCGCCGUGGGAUGAUAUGCUCCCCAUUCUGACGGAUUGCCAUCGGCUGCUCACGAGCGUUGAAGCUACCGAUGGGAAUGGAUCAGAUGCAGCCCUUACUGAAAGCAUUGGUGCUGCACUUGUCAAACUUUCUAACCUUUAUUGGGCUCGAUACAUCAAAGAGAAGGAGGCUGGUCAGGGCUAUCGCGAGCUUUUGCCCCUCCUGAAGCAGUCGACCCAGCUACUCUCAACUUGCUCACCUAGCCAUCGCAAGACCGCAUUUGCCGCUUCCAAGUUCGAGAGGACUGCCCAUCUGUACCUUGAUGGUAACAAGUUUGAUGAAUCUGAAAAGGCUUUCAGAUCUUCAAUCUCAGAAUAUGUCAACGCGGGGACUCUUGAGGAGAUUUCAAGAGGUCAUGGAGGUGCUAGCCCCAGUAUGCUCAAUCACGACCCUCAGAGCCCUGGAUUCAUGCUCAGUCGCGUUCUUUCUGCUUUCUUAAAGAUGAAACUACGACAGAAGGGAUUGAAGUCUUUGUCUGUCUAUGAUGACGAGGAGCUAGGGCCUGAGCGAAGAGGCAUCCUCCUCGAAUGGCAAAUGGGUCUUCUUUGUGAUUUCCAUGGCUAUUGCCCGAGUGAGGAUGACUUUCAGUCAAUUCUGAGCCCGGUUGUUGCCAGACUUCUCGACAAUUACUCCGCCGAACUUCACCCCAUCCGACACGGCCGAGUCGUUAUCUCUGCUCUUCGUUUCCUGCUUGAACACCCCAAUGCCAUGAAUGCUGAUCUGACUGCAAGACUUUUGGAAGAAGGAACGGAAGCUCUGAAAUGUGACAAGGGGGCUGGUCAGGACACAGACUUGGCUCCAUUUGCGACACAUAUCCUAAAUUCUCUUCGCGUAAUCAUUGGCUUCCACCAGGGGAAGAUGGACGCGUGUGAACUAGACGACACACUUUCCUCUUGGUCCUCUAUGGUUCGCCAGUGCCCCGACUUGAAAUCGCUGUCUCUUUGCAUCACGGAUACCGAUUACUGGGUUCUUCAGCUUAAGGCUUUGGUUGACUACACCGAGAUUCACGGCCUUUGGCAAGCUCAGCUAUCUGCCCUUGAGUUGAUUCUUCGUGCAGCAGAGCUACUUCAAUCAGGGGACAUCUCGGAUGGAAUUGUCAUCCUCGCUCGACUAGUACUGCAACACUGUCGUCUUGGUCAUUGCCAGAAGGCUGGAGACUUGCUCGCGCGCGGCGAACAGUAUCUCGCUAAAAAUCAGGUCUCCUUGCUCGCAACAAUUUCUUACAAACUUGCUCGGGUCGAAUACCUGCUUGAGACCCAGGAGAUUGAGAAAGCAGCGGCUACUCUUAUCGCGGCCAGAGUGCUUUACCAAAAAGGUCAGAGCCCGGAAGAGCUCAGCAAUUUGACCGUUUUGUCCAAGAUUUCGUGGGAACGAUUGAUUGCAGAUGCUGCCUUUGUGCAGUCCCGACUAUCGACUGCUCAGGGUUCAAUGACCCACGCACUGUACUUUGCCAAGUUGUCUGUGAGAUUGAAUUGCCGAAUCUGGGCAAAGGUGGAGAAGCUAGCUCAGAAGAAGCAGGAUCGAUCACUGCCGUCAAACGCAGGUUCUGACAUGGAAGCUGUCGCUGAGGGUGUGGCGAAGCUUGAUCUCUCUCAGAACGGGUCCUCGCCUGAUGUAUCCCCCAGCUAUGUUCAGGGGGCUCCAUUCUGGCCGCAUCUCGGGUCUCAUCAUAUCUGCUUGCUCAAUCUGGCCACUUUGUCGGCCCACCAUGGCUUGUUCCAGGAUGCCACCUACUACGGAGAGCAGGCAUUGAAAAUUGACAGGACACUGGAUGCUAAUGUACGACUGGUUGCUGCUCAAACUCAACUUGGCUGUUACUGGAUUCUUGGUGGUCAUUUGAGCGAGGGACAGGAUCUUCUUGCCGCGGCUUCUGACUCGUCCAAGCAGCUUCAAACCAGUAUUGAAACCGUUUCCCUUCACAUGGCUCUUGCCUCUCUGUAUCGGGUACAAGGACAACAUGAGAAGGCGCUUCGCCUACUUCAAGAAGCAGAAAAGGCCAUUGCGUCCGUGACUUCUUCUGAUACCGUGAGCACCUCGGUGGGUCCAUGCGUUGCAGUCCUCGAAGAGAAGAUGGCGAAGUUGCAGGUUCGUGCCAGCAGACGCACAGCAUCGACUGCUUCCACUGUUGCGCCUGUGCGUCGAACUCGCGCGACCAGCGCAGCUGCUACAUCUCGAACCUCGAAGAAGACCUCUACUGCCAAGACGCCGAUGCCCGAGAUGCAAUCCAACUCCCUUCUCCGAUUAAAGGGCGAAGUUCUCCGACAGCAAGCUGAUUGCCUGCGUGCCCUGCGCGACUUUGACCGCUCUGCCCAAACUCUCACCGAAGCCCGACAAUGUGCAGUAGCCCGCGAGAGCAAAGUCUCCAUUGAAAUCGGCGAAAGCGAACAUCUUCUCGCCGACGCAAUCCGCCAUUUCGCCAGCCAUGCCGUGUAUUGUGUUCUUCCGGAAUCCACAAUCUCUCUUCCAUCACUCACGUCUCCAGUCAAAGGGGGUGAAGACCCAGCACCGCAACCUACAAAGCCUACAGCCACCAAGCGAACUCGUGCUCCCACCAAGACUACGCGUGCCAAGGCGCAGAAGGCGAGCGAGGACUUUUCCAUUAUGCUUUCAAAGGCGAGCGAUUGUCUCAGGAGUGUCUUUGCCGAUGCUACCGUUCUUGGUUCGACUCUUGAGAGUCACGCUGCGUCGCGUCUCAUGAGUCGGAUUUCUAUGCUUUCGCAUGCUACUACACCGGGAGGUCCUGCUACCUGGGCACAGUCGCCUGCGAACAUGAAUGAGAUCGGUCGUGUUGGGGCAUUUGCUCGCGAACGUAUGGCUAUUGACUUUGAUCGGCAACUGGCUGACUUUGCCGAUCCAUUGCUGUGGCCUGCUUCCUCACCUACGGCCAUUGAAUUGAACGAAGAUAUUUGCACCAACUUUACCGAGAACUAUAUCGACAUCCUGCCCGAGAAUUGGAAUGUUCUCUCCUUGUCACUGAGCGCAGACCGCACCGAGUUUGUGGUCUCCCGGCUCCAAAAGAACCGCUCUCCAUUCCUCCUUCGACUUCCCCUGCGAAGAGGAAACUCGGACGAUGAUGAAGAGGAGCAGUUCACUUUUGAAGAUGGCAAGGAGGAAAUGCAGGAGCUCAUUCAGCUGGCCAACCAGAGUGCGCACGCAGCGAAAGCCCAGACUAAUAAGCAAAUGAAAAAGGAAUGGUGGAAGAACCGGGAAGCGCUUGAUCGUCGAAUGGAGAGCCUGCUUCAGAACAUCGAGAAUGUCUGGUUUGGAGGAUUCCGUGGUGUGUUCUCGCCUCUUGCACGGGAUGGUGAUGCCUUUGCUCGAUUUGAGAAUGCUUUCCAAGGUAUUCUUGACAAGCAUCUGCCCUCUCGCCAAAAGGGCGGAAAGGCUUCCUCGCCCCGUCUGACACUGCAUCAGAAUGUCGUGGAACUUUUUAUUGGUCUUCGCGAUCUAGAAGACCAAGAGGAGCCCGAAGAUAUUCUGAUGGAUCUGCUUUACUUUGUGGUGGACAUUCUUCAAUUCCAAGGUGAACGCAAUGCCUACGAUGAGAUUGACUUUGACAUGAUGGUCGUCGAUACUCUUGAUGCAUUGCGAGGCUACCAUGAAGCUGCCCGGGAGGAACUCGCUACUCGCUCCCCGAGUCACACAGUGCUAGUCCUCGACAAAGCCUUGCAUCUAUUCCCGUGGGAAUCUCUUCCUUGCCUGCAAGGCUUCCCCGUGUGCCGAGUCCCAUCUCUCGAGUGUCUCCGCGAGCGAGUUCUCAAUUUCCGCGACUCCCACUCUGGCGCAGUCAUCAAGCGUACUUCGGGCUCAUACUUGCUCAAUCCGACGGGUGAUUUGCGCACGACACAGGAAACAUUCGAAGGGGAUCUAUCGAAGCUGGAGUCCUGGACUGGAAUGGUGAAUCGCGAACCCUCCGAAGAUGAAUUCCGCGCCUCCCUGGAGACCAAGGAUUUAUUCCUGUAUUUCGGUCACGGUAGUGGCGCGCAGUACAUUCGUGGUCGCACCGUCAAGAGGCUGACCAGGUGCGCUGUCGCGUUCUUGAUGGGUUGUAGCAGCGGCACUCUCACCGAAGCUGGGGAAUACGAGCCCUAUGGCACACCUAUGAACUAUCUUCAGGCUGGCAGUCCAGCGCUCGUUGCCACGUUGUGGGACGUGACUGAUAAAGAUAUCGAUCGGUUCGCGACGUCUACGUUUGAUACGUGGGGUCUGGUGGAGAAGAAGGAGAACACUCCCCGUUCGGGUGAUGGUGGUUUGGAUACGGCGGUUGCUGGGGCCAGGGCGUCGUGUGUGUUGAAGUAUUUGAAUGGAGCUGCACCCGUGGUGUAUGGAGUUCCGGUGUUUUUGGAUUGAUAGGGGUGGUCCUUCUUGGUUGUCCAGUGUAUAUUAUGUUUUUGCUUGUCCUGUUUCAUAGAUAUGGGCGCUGGAAUCGGUCCUUUGUUUCUCAUAUACAUACCCAUAUUCAUUACGACUUUUUUCCGUGACGAGUACAACCUGUCUCUACUUGGAUAGCCAUGGUAGGUAUCCCGAUAGCUUGCCUGUGCAUUAUAUCCGA